AUGAGUCCCCGCAACAAUUCGCAGAACAUUGACUCUACCCUGAGCUUAGUUCUACCCACCUUCUCAGAGCUGCCCCUUGAGCUACAGAGGAACAGCUCAGGAAACCCUUAUCGGGUUAAAUUGAAUUUUGCAGGAGUAAGACUGGGAACAAAGGCAGUGGAAGCCACCGUGGACACAUUACGUCUAGUGAGGAGUCUGCAGCUAGUGGCCAAACAUUCCGACCAGCGAGGCAAACGGGAUAGGCCGCACAUCGCACUUCUCUGGGGCAUCAUCCUCUUCCGGCUGCUGGGUCAUUAUGUGCUCUCGUACAGCUCAGACGACAGAAGGGGCCAUUUGGUGAGUACCUCGUACAUCACAGACAUUGUCACCUUUUCCCCUGUAUCCUCAGAGAAGCAAUGCAGAUUCCUCUCCCAAGGAUCAGCUGAGGAACUGUCGAGUCCAGAUGUCAGAGCAUUCCUUCAAAUGGACAGCCCCUGGCACCAGUCCGAUCCAUCAGAAGAUGAGGAUGAAAGAAGUGCUCCGAAGCCACAUUCUACCUCACAGAACAUCAACCUAGGACCAACUGGAAAUCCUCAUGCUAAACCAACUGACUUUGAUUUUGUUAAAGUUAUUGGAAAGGGCAGCUUUGGCAAGGUUCUUCUUGCAAAGCGGAAACUGGAUGGAAAAUUCUAUGCUGUCAAAGUGCUACAGAAAAAAAUAGUUCUCAACAGAAAAGAGCUGUUUUUUCACUUACAAAGAGAAUGGUCUUUUCCUGAACACAGAGCGAGGUUCUAUGCUGCUGAAAUCGCCUGCGCCUUGGGUUACCUGCACUCCAUCAAAAUAGUGUACAGAGACUUGAAGCCAGAAAAUAUUCUUUUGGAUUCAAUGGGACAUGUUGUCUUAACAGAUUUUGGGCUUUGCAAAGAAGGAAUUGCUAUUUCCGAUACCACCACAACCUUUUGUGGGACACCAGAGUACCUUGCACCUGAAGUGAUUAGAAAACAGCCCUAUGACAACACCGUGGAUUGGUGGCGCCUGGGAGCUGUUCUCUAUGAAAUGCUGUACAGACUGCCUCCUUUUUACUGCCGGGAUGUUGUUGAAAUGUAUGAUAAUAUUCUUCAUAAACCCCUGAACUUGAGGCCAGGCGUGAGCCUCACAGCGUGGUCCAUUCUGGAAGAACUCCUAGAAAAAAACAGGCAGAAUCGACUUGGUGCCAAAGAAGACUUUCUUGAAAUCCAGAAUCAUCCCUUUUUUGAAUCACUCAGCUGGACUGACCUUGUACAAAAAAAGAUCCCACCACCAUUUAAUCCUAAUGUGGCCGGACCAGGUGAUAUCAGGAACUUCGACACAGUCUUCACGGAAGAAGCAGUUUCUUAUUCUGUGUGCGUGUCUUCUGACUAUUCGAUAGUGAAUGCCAGUGUUCUGGAGGCAGACGAUGCAUUUGUUGGUUUUUCUUACACCCCUCCUUCAGAAGACUUAUUUUUGUGAACAGUUUGACCUUCAGAAACCAUUGGACAAAUAAAUUCAAGCCUGUGGAGGAGACAGAAACGCCAAUUUGUGUGAAUAUAUUCAACUAUGUAUAACAGUGCCUCAUUUUUACAUGUAAUGUUAAAAACUAUGAAAUAUGUAUUUUCUGCUGUAAGCCAGAAAUAGG